UAUUCAGAUCAGUACAGAACGAUCCGAAGAAAACAGAAGAAAACUUUAGCUGUGAAGUAUUGCACCUUAUUGCUCGAAGUAUCCUCAAGUGUGACUGAAUACUGCUUGAAUCAUGGUCAGACUGUUUGUUGCGUUCAUUGCGUUGUGCCUCAUCAACGAUGCCUUUCCAGCACCGGCCAAACACGAAGAUCUUUGCUCUGCUGGAAUGGACAUUGCAUUCAUACUGGAUGCUAGACUUAGCUCAUCUACUUGGAAAAAGACGUUACGUAUGUCUAAGAAGAUUGUGGAUGAAUUUGGUGCAUCUGAAGACGGUAAUCAUUUUGCUGUCAUGACCUUCAACACCGAACCACAAAUUGAUAUGAAAUUCAACAAAUACAACGGAUCAGAUCUCAGCCGUGAAAAGAUCAAUGGUGACAUCGAUGGUUUAAAAAGAAAAACAGGCUAUAAGUUUAUUGAUAGAGCACUUCUUGCAGCAGAGAAAGAAGUGUUUACUGUUGAGGCUGGUAUGAGACAGAAAGCCAGGAAGGUUGCCGUUGUCAUAACAGAUGGCAUACAAACAAAGAACAGAGGUCAGUUUUUGAAUCUAUACGAAGCUUCCAAUGGCCUGAAAUCGAAAGAUGUCGAAAUUUACUCAAUAGGAGUGGGUGAGGACAUUGAUGUGCUGGGGUUGCUGGACAUGGCCAGCUCAGAAGACAAAGUAAUAACUAGUGGAUGGUAUAUUUUAAGUGAGUUUGGGGAAUUCAAAAACUCAUUUUGUUAUCCAAUUCAGUAGGCCGUUUCCAUGGUGGCCUCAUCUUACUACCACUACCAAAAUGCUUCGCGAAUUUUCUUUCUCAUUCAAACUCUUAUUUCCUCAUGAGAAUCAUAGGAAAUUAACGAAAGUGAGUGCUAAUGAUAGUUUUACUAUCACUAUCACUAUCACUAUCACUAUCACUAUCACUAUCACUA